UGAGAGAACAUAUAGACAGCUUCGGAGAAACAAAAGGAGAAUAUUUAAAAUAUUUUUAAUGAAGUUUUAUAUUUACAUGCAUGUGUGUAAAUUCUAGAAUAUUACACUUCAAAUGACUUAAUGUGUAAUUGUGAGUGAAAUAAAAGUUAUUUCAAAAAUAAACCCAGUAACUUAAAGUGUCAAACAACCCUAUCUAUCUCUCAUACUUCCAGGUUUGGAGUAGAGAAAGCAAGAAAAUCUGAUUUGUUGAGCAGGUUUACUACACCUGGCUCCAACUAGUUCAGUUGCUCCAUUACACAGCUAACUCCAAAGUCUUCAUUGCUCUGAACAUUAUAACAGAGCUUAAAGUUAAAAUUAAUUUUGACAGACAUACAGUUUACACGUGCAAAUACUUUUCAUGAAUUUUUGACAACAGGCUGACUGUGAAGAGUCGCCAGGCCUUAUCCAUUGAUUUCCUAACAAGACUUUUUUAUGGACCUGAAUAUAAAGAAUGUAAAGCUACGAAGUGUUCGUUUCUAGCUUCAGUUUUGAAGAAGAAUUUGUCAAAAAUCCUUCGGACGUAUUGUAGUUGACAGUGUUGAACCGACAAGAAAAAUAUAAAUAAACAUUUUCUGCUACUUUGAGGGAAAACUGUAAGGAGAAAUACUGUUGAUGUUUGUGAAAUCUAUGAAGACACACAGUUUACAUGUGUUUACACAAGGUUUUUGGGAUUUCUCUUUGAACCGGGAAGAUGCGACAACUAUUUGAAGUGAUUCUAAUCCUUUCCCUCUUUCAAUCUUCGCUUCCAGCUUCUUUCUUCGGUUCAAGUUUUGUUUCUCUUCCCCUUCAAGAUGCCAAAAGUACAACAGAGGUUUCAUUCAGGUUUCGAACCUCCCGCUCCGAGUCCUUGUUAUUUCUUGUGGCAGGGAAGACAGAUUAUUGUUUGAUAAUGCUACAGCAGGGGAUCAUAAAGAUUCACAUCAAUUUGGGAGCAGGCGAAACAGAGGUUUCUAGUCCGCUUAAUAUCAGACUUGAUGAUUUAAACUGGCACAGCGUUGAGUUAGAGAGAAACAAUGGAGAUGUACAAUUAUCCAUUGAUAGAAUACACACAUCAAGAGCUCAGCUGCCAGGUAGAUUCUAUGAAUUGAAUAUUCACUAUGGUGUAUUUGUGGGGGGUAUGGGUGACUUCAACGAAGUUUUCCUUGGGAACCAGAAGAACUUCAGAGGCUGUAUGGAGAGUGUGUUCUUUAAUGGAAUAGAUGUUAUGGUGAAAGCUGAAGAUGCUGCUUUAGCCUCAAAUAAAGCCAAGGUCUAUAACAUCCAGUGGGAGUGCUCACCACAAUUUGACUCCGGGUCCAGCGAAGCUAUGGGAUUCCUCAGCACUGAUUCCUAUGUAUCCUUUCCAACCUGGAUUCCCAGGAGCGGAGGACAGGUUGCAUUCUCAGUAAAAACCAUCUCGUCCAGUGCUGUUCUACUCUACAAUACUGGGCAUAUUACUAGCCAGGAUUUCAUCGCUCUGGAGAUUCAUAGAGGGAAACUUCGGCUUCUGAUGGACCAAGGGAAUGGUUUAUCUGAGCUAGAGCACACCCGGGGUAUAUCUGAUGGAACCUGGCAUAACCUGACCAUCACCUUUAACUCCGAUCUGCUCGAGCUAAUUGUGGACGGAAACUCUGAGAUAAAGAAACCAACCAAGGGUCCACAAAAGCACAUCGACCUCACUGACAGGUUAUACAUUGGUGGUAUAGUACUAAAGAAGAAAACAAGAGCUAUAAAGGAUGGUGUAAGAUCGGGUAGCUCAGGGCUCCAGGGGUGUAUAAAGCAGAUACAACUGGACGGACGAAGGAUCGGGUUUCCUGAAGUGAUGGAAACUAUGGAGAUCAGAUCUGGAUGUAUUUGGGACUUCCCUUGCUCCAGGGAUCCCUGUACGAGUGAUGAGGUGUGUACACAGAACGGUAUGACCGGUCAUUCUUGUAGCUGCUCCAACCCACCCUGUAAGGACAAUUCAGCUUCCCCCCAUGCUGGAGAUUUCCUGGAAGUUUCUCCCGUUGAAGUAGCAGAGGGUGGAGAGGUUCUGAUAUCUCAUGAAAAUCUAAAGGUCCUCCUAGAUUACAAGAAACUAGGAAUACCGGAAAGAGAAAUCUACUUUCAUAUCAUAGAACCUCCUGCACAGGGAGCUUUAAACUUUAAUCCUUCCGGGGAACUAAAUACGCUUAAUCUUGAGACAUUACGCAAACCAGGAAUCAAAUACACACAUUCAGGCCUGGAGAAUACAGAGGAUAGUUUUGUAUUUGAAAUGUCCAUUGGACCAAAAUCUACAGAACUUCCGGACUUUAUCAACACAAGGCAGCGCUUUCUAAUGCAGAUAAGGAUUCUGCCUGUAAAUGACCGGCCAAAGAUAGUGCUGACUGAAUCUGUGCUAAAGGUUGGAGCAGGGGGGACCCUGCCUUUAUCCCCAACCCUUGUAUCAAUCCAGGAUCCAGAUACUAGGACGGAUCAAAUUAUUAUCGUGGUCAGCUACAAUGAUUCAAGAAAUGGUUAUAUUGAGCAUAUGUCAAGGCUGGGAGAACGUGUUAGUUCAUUUCGUCUUGCUGAGCUAGAAGCAGGUUCAUUACAGUACGCGCAUAAGGGUCAGCUUAAUUCACAAAUGGGAAUUCAAGCCUGGGAUGGAGAACUUUACAGUAACACAGAAUAUCUCAGGGUUUCUGCAUUCGAACUGGAUCUUGUGCUCGUUAACAACACUGGUUUAACCGUUAGCCUUGGUGGAGGUCGUGUUAUUAGUCCGGCCAACCUGACCUUCCUGGCCUCCAACCUUGGUCCAGAUGCAGAGAUCAAGCUGGAGAUCAUCAGUGGUCCAAACUAUGGGAAGAUUCAAAGACAGAGAGCGAACGGAAAAUGGGUGACAAGUCGUAGGUUUACCCAGAGACAAAUAGAGAAGGGAAAGGUUCGCUAUAUUCACAGUAGAGGAAACCCUAGAAGCGAUUAUUUCACCUUCACAGCCCAGCUUAACGGUAACAGUGUCGGUAAAUCCUUCACGUUUGCCAUCACCUUUGUAAACAUUAACAUUCAGGCUGUGAGAAACCACGGUCUCAGCCUAGAAAACGUGAUAGAAUCCGUCAUUACGGAGUCAAGUUUAAUGUAUCAAACAUUUCCCGAGGAAACUCAGGACUCAAGGAUAAUCUACAGAAUCAUCAAUCCUCCGAAGCAAGGAAGUAUUUUAAUUUCCAAAUCCGGUGCAGGAGGGGUUGGAAAUAUAUUCCAAGAACUCUUCGCAAACUCAACCUUUUCCCAGGUUGAGAUUCUCUCAGGGCGGUUAAAAUAUAAACUCUCCGGAAAACCUUACUCCGGGAUACAAGACCAGUUCUCUUUCGAGGUUUCGACACCAAAGCAAACCUCAAACCUUCAGGUUUAUGAGAUAUCUUAUUCACCUGGUGAUACUAGCGUAGAUAUCACUCUGGAAGGAUGUGAGGUGGAGGAGGGGGGUAGAAAAGUAAUAACAAAUAAGUAUCUGGAGAUAAGAUCUCUGGAUUAUAACGGAUUCAUGUUUAAUAUUUCCGUCCCUCCAGUAAAUGGCUGGCUAAGUGUAUUGAAUCAAAACAAAGUUGAUGUUCUUCGGCAACGAACAACGUUCUUUACAUCCCAAGAGCUCUCAGAGCAGAGGCUUGUUUACCAUCAUGAUGAUUCAGAAUCUAGGCGGGAUUCAUUUUCCUUCCUGGCUACCAAAACGGGCGGACGGACCUUUCAGUUCUCCGGGGAAUUCCAUAUUCACAUUUUGCUGAGGAACGAUCAAACUCCAACUCGGGCGGUGGACAAGGUGUUUCAGGUGGUAGAGUCAGGUGAAAAAAUACUUACAGAGAAGGAUCUCUUGUUUACAGAUGUGGAUAUUGACACGAGACCUGAGGAUAUCAAGUUCGAAAGCAGAGCUACGCCAAAUGGAGAACUAGUUUAUGCUGAGGAUCCAAGCAAACGCGUGAGUGAGUUUACCCAGCAAGAUAUCAACGACAGAAAAAUUAUGUUUCGUCACCGAGGGUCCAACUUUGGUCGGAUUCUGAUAUGGGUAAACGAUGGUCAGCUGUGGGUGAGUACUGAGCUUAAGGUUCGAGCCUCACCACCUUUCGUCAAGAUUGAAAACAACACAGGACUUGUUGUUCAAAGAGGGGACGCAGCAGCUCUGACGAACAGUAAUCUGAGUGUGGACACAAAUCUGAAUAUGUUUGGUUCGGAUAUUACCUAUCUAGUAAUUGAGGGACCACACUCUGGGAGUAUCAGACUGGAAGAUAGGAGUGUUACAUCAUUUACAGCUUUAGAUCUUGAGGAGGGAAAGGUCGAGUACUCUAACAAUGACAAUUCAACUACCACGGACUUCUUCAUGUUCAAGGUUACGGUCGGAGGGACUGUUUAUAUGGAGGACACUCUGCAUAUACAGGUUUACCCUGAAUCAUAUUGGGACGGGUUGAAGAUCGGGAGCAACAACUCCCUUCUAGUGGAAGAAGGAACCUCUGUUAAAAUAUCAGAAUACGAUCUCAGGGUUGUGCAUGGUGAGAUGGUUUCACAGGAUAUCAAGUUUUCAGUAACUCAAGGUCCAAGUUAUGGAUUUCUAGAGGUUGAUCCUCCCAGCUAUUUGGAUCAGGAGCCUGCACCGCAGAGAGUUAAACAUCACGUGACCUCUUUUACUCAAAAUAUCAUCAAUGAAGGUCGUCUUCAUUAUGUUCAGUCUAGUUCCAACCAGACUAGGGACUCAUUCAUGUUCGACGUGAGCAACGGUAUUUCAAGUAUUGUCGGUCUCGUUUUUCACUUCAUCAUCAUACCACAGGAUAUCUAUAUUGAGACGAGGCCGCUACGGGUUGAUGAGGGAGGAUCUGGAUUCUUGUCUACGGAGAACCUACAUGUUCUCACCACCUACUAUGAAGAUAGGAUCGGAGACUGGAUGAUUGUAUCCGGACCUGAGCAUGGUAGCCUAGUUGCUCUUCAUCAACCUAAUAGAAAUGUUUCUAUCUUCAGUAUGCAACAGCUGAGGGGAAAUCAGAUUAAGUAUUUUCACGAUGGGACGGAUAGUACAACUGACAGUGUACUAAUAGUGGGUAGAACUGCUGGGGUUGACUGGCCAGACAAGGACAAGACAAGUGUCCCCGCCACUCUUAACAUUAUAAUCAACCCUGUCAACGAUGCUGAGCCUAUACUUAUCACCAACACUGGGUUAACAAUGUGGGCUGGAGCAACUGUAAACCUAAGCUCUAGUAACCUAGCAGCAGCUGACGCGGACACCAGAGCUGCAAAUAUCACCUACCGUAUAAGUUCGCCUCACUGUGGAAUGGUAAACUUGAUAAGCCGGCCAACCUAUCCUGUCUCAGAAUUCACAGAGGAACAAAUUCAAGAGGGCGCUGUAGCCUUCACGCAUUCAGGUUGUCUGGCUGGAGGGUUCUCAUUUAAGCUUUGGGACGGAAAGAAUAUAGGAGAGAAAGAGGAAUUUCAAGUAUUGAUUGAACAGUUGGUUUUAAAGGAAAAAAUCAACAAAGAACUCCACGUCUUUCCUGGUUCUCAGACAAAAAUAACAGAAUCUGAUCUUCAUGUCCAGACCUCAGAUGCUCACUCGCAGAGAGAGAUCGUGUUCCUUGUUACCAGUUCUCCUGGCAAAGGGAAAAUUCUCUAUCUCACGGAUGCAGGACAAUACGAAGAUACUCAGAACUUUACUCAGAGCCUAAUCUCACAGGGCAGAAUAUUCUAUAAACACGAUCAACCGUUUAAACAUAUCAAGGAUUUUGACUUCUUCAACUUUGAAGCAGUUGCUGAUUAUGCUCCGUAUAGACUAAAAUCCGUCUUUAAUGUAGUCAUAUCUGUAACAGCUCAAACCCCCGGAGGAAUUGAAAGAUAUAUAAAGGUUCAGCAAGUAGUAUGUCCGGAGGGGGGAAAUGUUACAAUCUUUCCUCAAAAUCUGAACACAACGGGAAUAUUGCAUUUUCUCCGCUCAGGUCCUAAGUUCAAUCUUCCAAACUUUAUGCCUUUGGUUAAGAUAAAGUUGUCGAGUACACCCUUGAGAGGUACCAUUAGUAUUGGAGGUGGGUUAGCUAAACAAGGGGCUAUAUUCACACAGGGAGACUUAGAUACUGGACGGAUUAUUUAUUCUCACGAUGAUUCUGACACUGUGUCGGACAGAGUUGGGUUUUCAGUCUAUCUAGUGUUAGACCUGAGCCAGGAUAUAUUGGUUUACCAGUCUCAACUCAAUAUAUCAAUUACUCCAGUAAAUGACAGAAUGCCCUUCUUGGUAACAAAGAACCCUAGUAUAGUUGUGGUCCGAGGGCAGUCCAAACCUAUAAAUAGGGAUAUGUUGGAAAUACAAGAUCCGGACACAGAACCUCAGGAUAUACAUUUUACUAUCCUGGAUAACGGACUGCAGGGCAGACUUGUCUUUAAAGAAAAUCAAGCUCAGAGUAUUUCUCAUUUCUCCCAGGAUGAUAUAAACAAAGAGAGAGUGCUUUACGUCCAUGACGGAGCCUCGAGUCAAACACAGUUUUAUUUCUCCGUUACAGACGGAAGAUUUCAGCCCCGAGAGACCGGACUCUCUCGACAUUUCAGGAUUCACAUUAUCCCACUUUCCUUGGAUCUUCAGAACCAGACAGUGAUUCAGUUAGACCAGGGAACAACUACAGCUAUUCUAACCAAUCGUAACCUUGGAGCUUCUUCAAAUGGUGAUCGAAACCGGAUUCUGUACAGGAUAACGAGAAAACCAGAGGCUGGUCAGCUCUUAGUAGAGGAUAAACCUGCUGAUGUUUUCUCUCAGGUGAAUAUAGACCGCGAGGAGGUUGUGUAUUUACAGACAGAUAUGAAGUUCUCAAAUGAUUCUUUCUCUGCUGAAAUUACGAACCAGGAAAACAAAAUACCAGGACUUAUUUUUAAUAUAUCAGUAAAACCUCUGGUGAGACAGGAAAUCCUAUUUGUGGGAAGUAUCGACAACUCAACUCCACUCUCCUGUCGGAACCUUGAUGCCACUAAGCUUGCAGGGUUAACCAAUAGCAAUCCAGUGUAUUAUAUUCUUAGCUCUCCUAGCCUCGGCAAAAUAAAGAGGAUUAUUAGGACGUCAAGAACAAGAGAACCAAGAUCCCUAAGGGACCGAGAGGUUUGGCAUUUUACCCAUGAGGAUCUGAGAAACGGGGUCAUAUAUUUUGUUGGUUCUAACAAUCCUAUCUCAAGAAAUACUUCGGAUCAAAUAACGUAUCGGUUAGAAGCCCCCGGGGUGCAACCUGCACUUGGCAUAUUCAAGUUUAUGGUUAAUCUGUCCGGAGUAACAUCAAGGCAGCCACUACCUAAUGUUACACCAACAGGGUUAGCUCCGAUACCCAUUGCCUCCAGGAAAGAUAUUGUUAUAGCCACGAGUGUUGUUUCUAGUCUCCUUCUCAUAAUCAUUUGCGCAAUAAUCAUUGUUAAAUGUAGGAACGGGAAGUAUAGAGCGGAGAUGCUGAGACCUAACGGUCAUGUUUGUCAGAUUUCAUCGGACAUGAGACACAGGAGAAACAGCCAUUUCGAUGACGUUUACGAAACUAGGUCCGGGAUUAUGUCAUUAUCUAAAGAUCAUCCAGUUUCAUCUCCCCGCCUUAAUACUGACAGGUUUCACGGAAAUGGAACUCUCUCUCGUCAUCCAGCCCUACCAUUGUCCCCACACGGAGCCAAUAUAUCUGAUUCUGAUUCAUGGAUGGAGAGCUCCAGAUCUAGAGAAACAUCUCCUUCUUCCAGCAUUCCACCCUCCCUCCCAGCCUUUAGGGUUAUACCUCUUUGUGAGUCCGAGAGUUCCGGAACUCAUCUUUCUGAUCCACCUGUAUCCGCAAUUCCGUUCGGACGUAACUCCAAUGACUUCCACAUUGCAUCGUCGGAGGCGGGAUCCCACCCUUCCGAUUGCACCCUUCUUGGAGAUCGUCCAUCUUUGCAUGGACAGCCUUUACUUAGAAGAAACCAGUAUUGGGUGUGACAAAGGCCUUUAACUGACUUUUCUCUUGGUUCUGAUCCUGACUCUGGUGUAGGGUUUCCAGAAUCUGACAGUGGUUCUGGUUCCUCUCAAAAAAGACAUCGUCGGGUCGGGAGCUAUGAUCCUUUAGUAGAGAAUACAGAAUACGCCCCUCUUAUUCAGAACUCGUUCCAGAGAAACUACUGGAGCCAGGAACAGAGAGGAGAGUCAGAGGAUCGUCAGUUACUAGAUAGUAUGGGGAAACCUUUAAAAGGAAUUCUAAAAAACAAUCAAUUUCAAUCCCUUCCUAGACCUGGUACUGGAGGGUGCGGAUGCCAAUCUCUGCUUGAAUAUAUUCCCGGACCUGAGAAUAUAUGUGAUACCUCGGAGAGACGGAGAAGCGCCGAGGUUAUAGACACAGUGGAGAGUAGUGUCUAGUAUUCAAAACUUGUCAAUAAAAAAAUAUCUAGAUAUGUACAAAUAUACACUGUAUUUUUAA